AUAUUUGAUUUAUUGAUAUGAUACUGCCACCAAUAAUUCAAAUGACAACAAUGAUGGAUAUAAAUAAUCAGUUUUCAUCGAAUAAAGCAAUAAUUUAUCCGGCUAAUUAUAAUGGCUACCAAAGUAUUAAUGGUGAAAAUGAUUCCCAUCAUCGACCAUCAUCAUCAUCAUCGGAUUUAUUAUCUUAUCAUCAUCAUCAUCAACAACAAUCACAACAUUUUUAUCAAAAUGAUGAUGAACAAACAAGAAAAACAAUGGAUAAUAUGACAUUUUUAUCGAAUGAACAUGAUAUAGAUGAUGAUGAUAAUGUUGAUGAUGAACAGCAACAACAAAUAUAUCCAACAACUAUGGUAAUAAUCAGUGCGAAUACAUUACAUCCACAAACAUUGCCGGUUAUCGAUGAUGAUCUACAAGAAAAAGGUGUCCAUCUGACCAUAAUCGAAGAACCAAUCAAUCGAAUACGUUAUCGUUAUCGUAGUGAAAAAGGUUCACACGGUGGCCUAAAUGGUGUGAAUAGUUGCCCAAUACGUAAAACUUAUCCCACCGUCAAGAUCGAAAAUUAUCAUCUUUCAAAUCCCGUUUAUGUUCGUGCCAGUUUGGCUACAAAUGAAUUGCAACCAAAAUUACAUGUACAUAAAUUGAUGGGACGACAUUGUAGUGCUGAUGGUUCGUGUACAUUGCCCGUAAAUCUGGAUAAUAUGACUGCAAUAUUCCAAAAUCUAGGCAUUCUGUUUAUUGGCAAAAAAGAAGUUCAAGAAAUUCUGUACAGACGAAAAUCAUCAUCACAUCAACUAAAUCGUCGCCGUCUUCUUCGUCGUACUGGACAACAACAACAACAACAACAUUGUCUUAACAAUCAACAAUUACGACGACAAUUACAAUUAGAAGCAGAAAAAGAAGCUAAAGAUUUGAAUUUAAAUUCAGUUCGAAUUCGAUUUGAAGCAUUUAUGCUUUGUGCAACAACAACAACCAACAACCAGUUAUGUGCACCUGUCUACUCGAAACCGAUUGCCAAUCAAAAAUCACCUGAUUCAGGUGAAUUAAGAAUAGUACGUUUAAAUCGAUUCUAUGGAUCAGUUAUUGGUGGUGAUGAAAUUUAUUUAUUAUGUGAAAAAGUGAAUAAAAAAGAAAUACGUAUAAGAUUUUUUGAAAUCGACAACGAUGGUAAUCAACAAUGGGAAUCAUUUGGACAAUUCAAUGAAUCAGAUGUUCAUCAUCAAGUUGCCAUUGUAUUUCGUACACCACCAUAUCGUAAUGUGGAAAUAACAAAACCAAUACAAGUUUAUAUACAAUUAUUUCGACAACGUGAUGGUGAAUCAAGUGAACCACGAACAUUUAUCUAUAAACCACAAGAUGAAUCGAUAUCAAAUGAUUCUUUGGAUAUCGAUGAUCAUAAUCUACUUAAACAAAUUAAAAUGGAAAAUCAAUCGGGUAAACGUCGUAAAUAUUGUCCAAAUAUUAAUCAACAACAACAGCAUAAUAAUAAGAAUCGAAAACAGCAACAACAAAAUGAAAAUCUAAAUAAUGAACAAGUGAUAAAAGUGAAAAAAGAAGAAUUGGACAAUAAUAAUGAUCAUCAUGAUGAUGACGAUAAUCAGAAGACGACAAUGACUACUACGAUGAAUACAGAUAAUUACACCUCUCAUCAUCAGCAUCAUCAAUUACCACCACAGCAACAGCAGCAGCAACAACAACAACAACAACAACAACAGCUACCACCAAUGAUUAAUCAGAAUAUCGAUCAUUAUACAUCAAUCAAUCAUCAAUGUGAAACAAAUUGUGACAACGAACAUCAUCAUAUUGUUUCCGAUAUCAAUUGUCAUAAUCAUAAUCAUCAUUUAAUCAAUGAUUAUUUUCCACCAAUUCAACAAGUACCGCCAUUAUCAUCAUCAUCAUCAUCAUCAUCAUUAACAUUACAUCCGAUUGACGUAUUACAGCCACGAAUAAUGAAUGAUUUUGAUCAUCAUCAACAACAACAUUCUGAUCAUUCGAUGGCCAAUCAUCAUCAUCAUCAUAUAAUAAUUGGAAAUGAAAAUCCAAAUCCAACAAUGGAAUCGAUUAUUUUAACGAAUCAUCAUAUGAAUACAAAUACCUCAUCAAUGAUUGAACAUUCAAAUCGAAUAUCUAACAAUAGAUUCGAAUAUUCGACCUAUUAUUCUUAUCAUACAUCAUCAUCAUCGACAUCAUCAUCGUCUUCAUCGUCAACAUAG